AUGGCUCCUAAAACAUUAUACGACAAGGUCUUUGAAGACCAUAUAGUUCAUAAAGACGAUUCUGGUUCAUAUUUAUUAUACAUUGAUAGACAUUUAGUCCAUGAGGUUACUUCCCCACAAGCAUUUGAAGGGUUAAAGAAUGCUGGUCGUUCAGUCAGAAGAACCGAUUGUACAUUAGCCACAGUUGAUCAUAAUAUCCCAACUAUUUCAAGAGCAAAUUUCAAGAAUGUCGAUUCAUUCAUAGAGCAAGAUGAUUCUAGAUUGCAAGUUAAGACUUUAGAACAAAACGUCAAGGAUUUUGAUGUUACUUAUUUUGGUAUGACAGACGACAGACAAGGUAUUGUCCAUGUUGUUGGUCCAGAACAAGGUUUCACUUUACCAGGUACCACUGUUGUUUGUGGUGACUCCCAUACUUCUACUCAUGGUGCCUUUGGUUCAUUGGCUUUUGGUAUUGGUACUUCUGAAGUGGAACAUGUUUUAGCUACGCAAACUAUUAUUCAAGCCAAAUCGAAAAACAUGAGAAUUACUAUUGAUGGUGAUUUGUCUGAAGGUAUCACUUCGAAAGAUUUGGUUUUGCAUGUCAUUGGUGUUAUUGGUACUGCUGGUGGUACUGGUUGUGUUAUUGAAUUUGCUGGUAAAGCCAUUGAGAAUUUGUCAAUGGAAGCAAGAAUGUCGAUAUGUAAUAUGGCCAUUGAAGCCGGUGCCAGAGCUGGUAUGAUCAAACCAGAUGAUACUACAUUCAAUUACAUCAAAGGUAGACCAUUGGCUCCAAAGGGACAAGAAUGGGAAAAGGCCAUGAAAUAUUGGAAAACUUUACAUACUGAUGAAGGAGCUAAGUUUGAUUACGAUAUUAAAAUUGCUGCUUCCGAUAUUGUUCCAACUAUCACUUGGGGUAACUCACCACAAGAUGCGUUACCAAUAACUGCUAGUGUCCCAGACCCAGCAACUGUGACCGAUCCAAUUAAGAAAUCGGGUAUGGAAAGAGCAUUGAAAUAUCAAGGUUUAACUCCAAACACACCUUUCAAAGAAAUCAAAAUUGAUAAAGCAUUCAUUGGUUCAUGUACCAACUCUCGUAUUGAAGAUUUAAGAGCAGCUGCUAAAGUUGCCAAAGGUCACAAAAAAGCCGACAAUGUGAAAUUGGUCUUGGUGGUGCCGGGUUCUGGUUUAAUUAAAAAGCAAGCUGAAAAAGAAGGUUUGGAUAAGAUUUUUGAAGCCGCUGGAUUUUCAUGGAGAGAAGCCGGAUGUUCAAUGUGUCUUGGUAUGAACCCAGAUAUUUUGGAUCCUGAAGAAAGAUGUGCUUCUACUUCCAACAGAAAUUUCGAAGGUCGUCAAGGUGCUCUUUCAAGAACCCAUUUGAUGUCACCAGCCAUGGCUGCUGCUGCUGCUAUUAAAGGUCAUUUCACUGAUAUUAGAGAAUUUGACUAUGCCACACAAGAUGAACCUCAAAUACAAAUUGCUCAUGAAAUUGAAGACAAAGAAUUACAAGAAGCUGUUUAUGAGCACGAAAAGGAAUACAUUGAAGAUACCCCAGAAACUCAAGCAGAAAGACUUGAAGACAUUCCAAAAGAUGAACCAGAAUUUAAAAGGGCCAGAACCGAGAUCGACAACUCUGCUGCUGGUACUCCUAGUAUUGAUAACAGUUUCAAAGUUUUAACUGGUAUUACUGCUCCAUUAUACAAAGCCAAUGUUGAUACUGAUGCCAUUAUUCCAAAACAAUUUUUGAAAACAAUCAAGAGAACCGGAUUAAAAGAUGGUUUGUUUUAUGAAUUGAGAUUUGUUAAAGGUGAAAAUGGUAAAGAUGUGGAAACUGAUUUUGUAUUGAAUACUGAACCAUAUAGAAAGGCAGAAAUUUUAUUGGUGACAGGAGACAAUUUUGGUUGUGGAUCAAGUCGUGAGCAUGCUCCUUGGGCUUUGAAAGAUUUUGGUAUCAAAAGUAUAAUUGCCCCAUCAUUUGGUGAUAUCUUUUAUAAUAAUUCUUUUAAAAAUUUCCUUUUGCCAAUCAGAAUACCGCAAGAAAUCAUUGAAUCUAAAUUGGUUCCCGUUGUUACAUCAGGUCAUAGAUUGACGAUAGAUUUGCCAAACCAGCAAAUCAGAGACGGUGAAACCGACGAAGUCUUGAUUGAACAUUUCGAUGUGGAAGAGUUUAGAAAACAUUGUUUGGUCAAUGGAUUAGAUGAUAUUGGUUUGACUUUACAAAAAGAAGAAUAUAUUAAAGAAUAUGAAGCUAAAAGAAGAAUCAAGUUUUCUUUCUUGGAAGGAGGUUCUAAAUUAAUCAAACCUAUAAAAGGUACUAAAAAGAGUAUUUACGGUAACAGAGCACAAGAAUGGUAA